AUGGGUCCACACCCCUUGGAUCCCCUCACGCCUCAAGAGAUCUCUCAAACCGCGAAGCAUGUCCGCGCAGCGUUUCCCGAUGGCGAAGCAUAUUUCCGGGUCAUCACCCUCGCAGAGCCUGUGAAGGCCGAGAUGGUGACUUUUCUCGAGCAUGAGCACAGCAAGGGUGGUGGUGUCGAGUCGCAGACGUUGAAAAGGCCGCCUCGUCUCGCCACGGUUCAGGUGUUUCUUGGGCAGCCACGCGACAGCGCGCACUUUUACGAACUCAAGGUGAACGUGGACACCGGAGAGGUCGUGGGCAAGGAGCAACUUCUCGGCCGGCAUCCUCACGUCGACGCCAACGAUAUGCAGAAGACCGAAGCGGCCUGCCUCGGUGACAGCCGGGUGCAGGCCGCGAUCAAGGAGAUGCAACUCCCCGAGGGGGCCGUGGUCAAGAUCGAACCUUGGACGUAUGCGACAGACGGGAUGAACGAUAUGAACCAGAAGAUCACCAUGUGCUAUUUCUACAUGAAAUUAAUCAGUCAUCCGGACGCGAACCACUACGCCUACCCGCUGGACCUCUGUGUGGAGAUGUCAGGCGACGCGCGCGUCUUGAAGAUCUAUCACCUCCCCAACGGCACGUCCAACGACAUCAGCACGACGGCGAAACCGUACGACCGGCGAAAAAUCUUCGACGACAGCAUCGAGUACCACCCAGACCUGGUGCCCCAGCAUCGCACGUCCACAAAGCCAUACCGGGUCGUGCAGCCGGAUGGCCCGUCGUUCACCACCGAUGGCAACCUCGUACGCUGGGAAAAGUGGCAUCUACGCGUCGGGUUCAACUACAGGGAAGGACUUACGCUCCAUGACGUGCGGUAUGACGGUCGGUCGUUGUUCUACCGCCUCUCGCUUUCGGAGAUGUUUGUCCCCUACGGUGAUCCGCGGACGCCGUAUGCUCGGAAAGCCGCGUUUGAUCUGGGCAACGACGGCGCAGGCUGCAACGCCAAUAACCUGCAGCUGGGGUGCGACUGUCUGGGCCACAUCAAGUACUUUGACGGCUGGCACGCCACCAGCUCCGGCGACCCCAUAAAACUGCCCAACGCGGUGUGCUGUCACGAGAUCGACGACGGGAUCCUGUGGAAGCACACCAACUUCCGCACCAACAACGCCGUGGUCGCCCGCUCGAGGGUCCUGGUGCUGCAAACCAUCAUCACCGUGAGCAACUACGAGUACAUUUUUGCCUUCUACUUUGGGCAGGACGCGUCGUUGCAUUAUGAAGUGCGCGCGACGGGGAUCGUGUCGACUGUCCCGAUCAACGUCGGGGAUAAAGUGCCGUUUGGCACAACGGUCGCACCGGGUGUCAUGGCUCCAUACCAUCAGCACCUGUUCUGUCUGAGGGUUGACCCGGCUGUGGCGGGGUGGAAGAAUUCCCUCGUCGUCGAGGAAUCACACGCGAUGCCGCUCGAGAGUCAAGACCCCAGUAUCCACAACCCUUUUGGGAUUGGAUACACGACCAAAGCUGAGACGGUCAAGGAAGAAUGCGGUUUGGAUCUCGACCACACGGUCAAUCGGGUUUUCAAGAUCGUCAACGAGGGCGUGACGAACCCCGUCACGGGAGGUCCUGUUGGAUAUAAACUCGUCCCGUGCUAUAGUCAACUCACCCUCGCACACCCGUCCUCGUAUCAUGCGAAGAGAUCCGAGUUCGGCGCCCAUGCAGUCUGGGUGACGAGGUACCACGACGGAGAGCUGUUCGCAGCGGGCGACCACACCAUGCAAUCUCUCGGCGGUGAAGGGAUUGCCAGCUGGAUCGCGAAGCGCAAGCUGCAGCAGCAGGAGUCUUCGGCGGCAGCGCACAAUGCUCCUCCUUCUGACGUCAAGAAUCAAGACAUUGUCGUCUGGCAUACCUUUGGAUCCACGCACAACCCGCGCGUGGAGGAUUGGCCGGUGAUGCCGUGUGAGAAGAUGGUCGUUGGGCUGAAACCCGUCAACUUCUUCACCAGGAAUCCCGCAAUGGAUGUCGCGCCAUCGACGCAGGAACGCAACCAGAGCGUGCUGGUGACGGCAAACGGGCAUUGUUCUUAG